UGACAGGAGAGGUCCGUCCUCUGGGGAAUGUGAACCAUGCAGGUGGAUGCUGUUCUUGUGCUCUUCUGUGUUUGGCUCGUGGGUGCAGCUGGGAAAAUGGCCCAGUCGAGGGGUCACAAGCUGGAGACCUACAAACAGAGCAGGUUGCGAAGAGAGACCAGAAUGGAUGGAGGUGGAGGUCACAAAUCUGGAAGCCCGAUUUACAAACGAAGCCCAGACAUGACAAAAUCACCGAUGACGAAAUCUGAGCAGCUCCUGAGAAUAGAUGACCACGAUUUCACCAUGAGACCAGCAUUCGGAGGCCCUCCAAUUCCUGUUGGAGUAGAUGUUCAGGUUGAAAGUCUGGAUACCAUCUCUGAAGUAGAUAUGGACUUCACUAUGACACUGUACCUGCGUCACUACUGGAAGGAUGAGCGGCUAGCGUUCCCGAGCACCAACAACCAAAGCAUGACCUUUGACAGUCGCCUGGUGAAGAAGAUCUGGGUUCCUGACAUGUUCUUCGUCCACUCCAAGCGCUCUUUCAUCCACGACACCACCACUGAUAACGUCAUGCUGAGGGUUUAUCCUGAUGGCAACGUCCUCUACAGUCUCAGAGUCACUGUCACUGCAAUGUGCAACAUGGACCUUAGCCGCUUCCCUCUGGACACCCAAACCUGCUCGCUGGAGAUUGAGAGCUAUGCCUACACAGAUGAUGACCUGAUGUUGUACUGGAAGAAAGGGAACGAGUCCCUGAACACUGACGAUAGAAUAUCUCUGUCCCAGUUCCUCAUCCAGAAAUUUCACACCACCACCAAACUGGCUUUCUACAGUAGCACAGGAUGGUACAAUCGUUUGUACAUCCACUUCACCCUGCGGCGCCACAUUUUCUUCUUCCUGCUGCAAACCUACUUCCCGGCCACUCUGAUGGUCAUGCUGUCCUGGGUGUCCUUUUGGAUUGAUCGUAGGGCCGUACCCGCCAGGGUGCCCUUAGGCAUCACCACAGUGCUGACCAUGUCCACCAUCAUCACCGGGGUCAACGCCUCCAUGCCGCGGGUCUCUUACAUUAAGGCAGUGGACAUUUACCUCUGGGUCAGUUUUGUUUUUGUCUUCCUGUCGGUGAUAGAGUACGCGGCGGUCAACUACCUGUCCACUGUACAGGAGAGGAAAGAGAGGAAGCUGAGGGAGAGACUGCCGUGUACCUGUGGCAUCGGCAACCCAGACGAGAUGAUGAUCGACCCCCAGAUCACUGGCUAUGGGUCUAUGGAUGUCAACACCACAGGGAAUUAUGGGAUGCCUGAGAACGGCGGCCGCCAGGAACGAAUCUUAGCGCAGGUUGCAUUGAAUGACCCGCAAAUAGCAAGCCAGGUGAAGCCGUCCAGAGGCUAUGUGAACAUUUGGAUAGACACCCACGCCAUAGACAAGUACUCGAGGGUUGUCUUUCCUGGUGCGUACAUCCUCUUUAACAUCAUCUACUGGUCCAUCUACUCAUAACACGGGAUGCAGAAGUGCAACCAGUAACUGUGGCCGUCGUCCAUGACGGGACUCCAGGAGCUCAGCCCAUUUUGUACAAGAGCAGGAGAGGUGACAGUUUUCAGACAGAGGAACUGCUCAUAAGAUGCAUGGAGACCAUUGACAGACUGGUGACCAUUGCCUUCUUGACCCAGCCACUUAAAACUGAGGUACUGACAAACGGGACAGUCGUCGUCACUGGUUUUGUCAAUCCACCAAAUCUAUGUGGUUUUAUGUUGUGACUGUACUGCUGUUGACGGAAAGUCGUUUGGAUAUUGUUGCCGCCUGAGGACCUACCGCAUACUCAGAUAAUAGUGCAGUUUAACUCAGCUAUGUUUCAACUCUUGAUGCAGUAACUGACCACACAACAGCUACCCUGGCUUUGUCUAGCACCUUUAAAGCACACAGUUUUACUAGUAAUAUCUGUGUAAAAGCAAAAAUUUAGCCAUUUUGCAGAUGGUCAUGUGCCGGACUAUUCCUUUGCUGGGACCAGUAACUUCCUGGAGUCUCGGCUGUUACUGCUCCAGGACAUAACGUCCUGUAAAAUGACAAAUUGAUGUUUUUACACCUCAGUUUUUAUAUGGAUUAUCAAAUGAGAUAUAACACAUUAAUAAGUGAGCUGUAGAAGUGCUGGUUGGCAGAUUUUGUAACUGUUAAACAGAGCCAGGCUAGCUGUUUCUCCAUUUCCUGUUUUUGUGCUAAGCUAAGCUAAUCAGCUCCUGGCUGUAGCUUCAUAUGUAGUCUUCAGAUAUGAGAGUGAUAUCAGUCCUCUCGUCAUCGCAAAAGAAUGCGUAUAGGUGUGAUUUUUCAAAAUGUGGAACUAUUUCUUUACCGGAUGAUCAGAUUUUUCUUAUUCUUAAAGUUCAAUUCUUCUUUUGCAGCACGUUAGUAUGAUUCAUUAUAUGUAAAAAAUUUUGUGAUCUUUGUAUGAGUGCAGUUAUGCAUUGCAUUAGUGUAAUUUGACACAGUUUAGGAAAAAAGCAAAACAAUGCAGUCUAUUAAAAUCACAAAUGUAAAACUAUAUGUUUAGUAA